UCCGAGGGACAUCCGGUUUAGAUCCGAACGUCCAUGACCCCAACGACCGAAACGGGACGUCCAAGGGACCAACGUGGGAGGUGUAUUUCAGCUCGUGCGCGCGCGAACGUUUUGGCGGGUUUUCUACUUCUGGUUCGUCGUCUCGGAAAUAAGAUGGCCUAUGCCAUUGUGGAGUUCCUUCGUCUAAAGCAGGUUGAAGUUGUGCCUGCGCUCUGGAUUCAGGGCGAACAUUGUGCAUGGCCUGACCAGGCCAAAGGGGACAAGAUAAUUGUGAUGGUGAAAAAAGCAGUGCCACCAGAUGCGUCGUGGAAACGAUUUGCUGUCGUGGUGAAGUGGUUAUUCGCAACAUACGAGCAGGCACGGAAGAAGCUGGAGCGUAGCCAAUACACAUCGGAACUAAGCAGCGACUCAGAAAGGCCGCAAGGCAAGAGGAAGCGGAGGCCACCGCCCCAGUGGUCGCAGUCCGACGAGGAAUCAGUGCGACACAAGCCAACAAAAGCAGCCCCCCGAAAAGUGCCCGCAGUACCGGCAGAUUUUCCUCAAGGCCUGUUCACUGCUGCAUCAAAGGAGGGAAGCAGUUCUGCAGGAAGACAAAGUAGCAGCCACUCGCAAGCGCCCUCGGAUUCCUCCGAGAACGGCAGCAUUUUAGACACAGACAUAAGGAGCUUGCAGGAAUCCAGUUCACCUGUUGAAGGGCUUCAAGCAAGCGAGCUACAGGAUCCACAAGAUCAGGCAUUCAAGCAGCACGUCCUGCGGCUGUUAAACAUCAUGCGCUUCACGCUGCAGCAGCAUGGCGAGAUGCUCAACAAGCUCUGCGCAAUCCUUCCAGUCCAUGCAGUUAUUGCACACCCAUCCCUCGUUGAACAAGCGUUCAACACACUACCUGACCUCCUGGCCUUUGAGAAAGAGUUGGAUGAAGAGAAGGCUCUACGUCUUGUUCAUGAGCUCAAGCAACUCGGGGGCAAGACUGCAAGCAAGGCCACGAAGCGGAUGCUGACGUAUCUGCUAACUGAUGAGCUAGCUGCACAGUUCUCGUGGAUCGGAAGAAAGGGAAAACUCAACUUUUCAGUUUUAAAGACUGCCACUGCAAUUACUGAUGCUGCAAAGAAGUUGCCAGGAGGUAAAGAUGCCAUCGAGGACUCGAUCAAGUCUUGGCUUCGGCACGCCCCUGAAAGGGCCAAGGGCCAAAGGUGCAAAGCACCUGAAGCGCACCAAAAUGAAGAGUCGGAUUGAGAGGCCUUGCAGAACUUCCGACGCUGGAACACUCAUCAGCAAGGAGCAGAGUGCCAGCGGGGAGUAGGAGGUCAAAACAGCUUUCCUUUGUGUGCGUCUGAGGUUUCGCGUGCAAACUUUAUAUAUAUCAGACCACAGCAGUUUCUUUUGAAGUUCAUUAUGCCAGGCCUCUUGUACGUGCAUUUGUUUUUUCUUUCAUACUUGCCGUUCACUGCCUGUGAACAUUGUUUCUGUGCUCUUGUGGAUUUGCACCGCAAUAUUUUUUCGCACAUCUGAUUUCAGGUGGAGUGACUUUUUUUUUACUUUUUAGUGUACAAGUUUUUGCUGUGCUUUUUUUCACAAAAAAGUUUUUUUUAAGGAAGUUCCAUAUAGUGUGGUGCACCUUGCAGUGGUUAGCUACCCUUGGUAAUGUUGCAAUAAAACCACUGUGAUCCACUGUGCAUUCCAGCUGAGGUGUUGUUUUUGAAGUUGUCUUUAAUGACAAGUGAAAUACAUUUUAAUAGAAAAUUUAAAGAUUUUUGGUUUGAAUUUUUGUGAAGAAAUGUGUUCUUCCUUACACUUAGCAUAACAUUCGUCAAGGUUGUAAUGCUUGUAUGGCACUGUUUAUUCAUACUGUGAUAUUUUGAACAUGUCUAAGUUUAGACAAAGUGAAUGCUUUUGAAGGGGUUUGCUUGCCAUUUUUUUUAACAUGCUAUAGUGUCGUUUAUUUUUGAUAAGAUGUUACCAAAGAGGCUGCAUAUAGCAUGGUGUACCCUGCAGGGGUUAGCUACCCUUGGUAAUGUUGCAGUAAAACCACUGCGAUCCACUGUGCUUUCAGAAUAAGGUGUUGUUCUCGAAGUGGUCUUUGAUGACAUGUGUUACAUUUAAAAAAAAAUUUGGUUUGAAUUUUUGUGAAGAAAUGUGUACUUCUGUGCAUUUGGCAUAAUGCAUGUCAAGGUUGUAACGCUUGUAUUACAUGUUUAUUCAUACUGUGAUAUUUUGAACAUGACUAAGUUCAGUUGGAGGGAAUAAUUUUGAAGGGGCUUGCUUGUCAUUUUUUCUUUACAAACUAUAGCAUUGUUUAUUUUUGGAAAAGAUGUUACCAAAGAAGCUGCAUAGAGUAUGUUGUAUGGUCGCGAUCCAUGUGCAGGCGAUUGUCAACUGCUUUGUACUGGCAGCACCGGACAAAAGCGGCCAUUUAUGCACAUUUUUUUUAAUUCUCAGAGGCUUUGCGAACCAGGCGCAGAAGGGCAUCCGAUAACAAGAGUAAGCCGCCACUGCAUUACGUGCCAGGACAGAGUGAUCGACGAUCCCCUGUUUUCCUUCGCACGAAUCAUGACUACCUCGCAAGGACUGCAUGUUUACCCCUGCUAACAUCGUUGCAGUAUGAUCAUUGUGAUCAACUGCCUGUUCCUACUGUGUUUUUUUAUAAAGUUGUUUAGGUGUCUAGUUACACUUAAAAAGUGUUGCUUUUAAUUUUUGUGAAUAAAUCUGUUC